CUACCCCUCCUUCCCUACUGACUCCCUUCCUUCUGUUCUCAAGGCCCCUCCCAUUCUCUUUAUAUCUGUCUCUUCUUGGGGGUGGGGGGAUUCUAGGGAAGAGGGAUGGGAUGCAAGUGAUCUAGUCACGGAGAAGUAGAGAGGGGAUGCCUGCGAGCUCAGGGUCUCAAGUCCUUAAGGGAGGGAUUGAGGAGGAGAGAGGAAGAAGAGAGAGCUAAAUUGGCUGCCUAAGGUGCCUGUCAGGUCUGACAUUCGGAUCCCUUCUAAGCUUCUUUCUAGCUCUAAGAUUCCAUGUUCUAAGGAAAUCUAGCUCUGACAUUCCCAGCUCAGAAACUUUCUAUUCUAAGGUCAUGCCAGCCCUGGCAGUCUCUGUUCUAAGGUUUUUCCAACUCAGCCAUUCUCUGUUCUCAGACCACUCCCAGCACUGCCAUUCUAUGGUUUCUUGUCUAAGAAUCCUUUCCGUCUUAGGGAAAAAGAAGGAACUCUUCAAAUCAUUAUUCCUGGGGGCAAUGCCAAUCCAAAGUGGGGUGGGGGGGAGAGAGAGAGAGAGAGACAGAAAGACAGACAGAGAGAGACAGAGAGACAGAGAGAAAGAGACUCGGGCUCCUCAAGACUCCUCUUCUAGGAUGCAGGCAGGGGUGCCAGUAUGUGUGUGUCUGUUUUGACCAACUGUGACCUAGGGCAGAUCAUCACUCUCCUUUUCUGACUUUCAGUUUUCUCCUCUGUAAAAAUAAAGUGGAUGGGGCAGCUGUAUGGCUGGUAGAUUGAGAGUCAGACCUGGAGAUUGGGAGGUCCUGGGUUCCAAUCUGACCUCAGAUACUUCCUAGCUAUGUGACCUUAGGCAAGUCACUGAACUGCCAUUGCUAAGCUCUUACUGCUCUUCUGCCUUAGAACCAAUACAGAAGGUAAGGGUUUUAAAAGAAAUUUUUAAAAAAUGAAUGACUGAAACAAUCACUAAGGUACCAUCUAAUGCCAAAAUUAUGAAUGUCAAUGGAUCUGUGUAUUCUUGUGUGUAACUGUGACCCUAUUUUUCUGUACCUCUGUAUAAUUACAUUAUAACUGUCUCCAAGUGUAAGCUCCACAACUGUGUAUACCAUUGUAAUUGUGUGUCUCUAAUGUAUCUAUCUGUAACCACAUAGAAUAUUGAAACAGACUCUCUAACUGUCUCCAGAUGUAAUGUUGUGCUCAAUCUCUCUGCAAUUGUGUAUCUCAGUGUAACUCUGUCUCUGGGUGUAACAUUGUAUCACAAUCUCCCAGAGUCACAACUAUUUAUCUUUGAGGGUAGAAACAUGGAUCUCUGUGUGUUUGUAUCUUUCUGCAACAUCUGAGGGAUCUGUGGGUCCCUCUGUGUAUACUUAGGUGUCACAUUGUGUCACUCUGUGUAUCUCUUGUAACACUGUUAUUUAUAACCCUCUCUCUGAGUGUAACAUUGUGGCUGUCACACUACCUGCCCUGAUGCUGUAUUGCUCUGUGUGUGUGUUUAGCUCACACUGUAGGUCUGUGCCGUAAUGAAAAGAUCCCUAGACUUGGAAAGAAGGGGCCCCAGAUUCGAGUCAUUUAAUUUUCCCUUGGGCUCAUCAUGUCAUCUCUUGGGACCUCAAUUUUCUCAUCCGCAAAAAUGAGUAGCUUUGAAGGAAACUUAAAAAAAAAUCUUCAAUCACCUCAUUUUACAGAUGAGAAAACUGAGGUCCCAAGAAGUUAAGAGGAUAGUUCAAUGUUGCGUGGGUCACUGUGAAUAGCAGAGCUGGCCUUCAAACAUAACUCUUCUCAGUCCAAACCUGUGCCUCUUUCCACUCAAUCACCCUGGUUGGCUUCUUUUUAGAGGUAAGAGCCUAAUGGUGUGCAAAAUUUCCUUUAUGGCCAGGCUUGAUUGCUUUAGGAAUUUUUUGUCUUUCAAUUGUGUUCAACUCUUUGUGACCCCACGAGGUUUCCUUGGCAGAGCUACUGGAGUGGUUUGCCAUUUCCUUCUCCAGCUCAUUUUACAGAUGAGGAAAUUGAAAUAAAUAAGGUUGUGACUUGUCCAGGGUCACACAAGUAGGAAGUGUCUGAGGCCAGAUUUGAACUCAGAAAGAUGAAUCUUCUUGACUUCAGAUCCAGCACCACAUAACUGUCCCACAGUUUUAUGAUUUAGUUUGAUGAAUUGCCUUUUCUCUCCUCUUUCUUAUCUUUGGUUAGAAGACAAGGAAAUGAAGGCAAUUCAGAAAGAGAAGCUAUGUCUCAAUCUCUCGUCUCUCUAACUGCAUCUUUACCUCUGUCUCAGAGGAGGUUAGGCUGGGUUAUCUCUAGGCAGCCUCAAGCUCUCAGCCCUUUGAUUAAGAUUUUGACUCCGAUGCCAGCUACAUAACCUUAGAUAAGUCACCUAACUUUUCCAGACCUCAGUUUCCUUCCCUGGAGAUGGAGAUGAUAGUUGUACUUUCUGCCUUCCCAAAUUCUUAUGGAGGAAUCACUCUCUGAUCCUGAUGUCAUUUUAGAUAUGAGUUAUUAAUAUCACUCUGUGUCAUUCAUAUCCAGCUGUCUAUGUUGGUGUAUUUGUCUCUUUCUCUCAGCAUGUUUUACCCCACCCCCAAGGACACCCCCAAAAUAGUCUACUCUACUUCUGGAAAACCACUGUUUCCCAAAGGCUAGGGCAAGAGAGGAGUCUUGCUCACCUGAGUCCCUAGGGCUUUCCCCAGGACUGGAAACUCCAUGGCUUGCCUUUGGGACCUCAGGGAGUCUGACGCAUGGGCUAGGGCUGGCUGGAUCUCCCCACCCCUUUUUACCGGGGCUCUGCUCUCCACUGGGGGAGAUGGGUCAGGACCAGGGACAGGGAAGGACUUUCCUGGCAAGGAAGGGCCACCCAGAAUGCUUAGGAGCUGCACCUGGCCGGGGCAGGGCUCGACAGGGCCGAAGGCACAUGACUUGCCCCAGCCCUCGGGAGAUCACCAAAGCCAUGGCCUCCAUGACCCUGGGGCCCCUUAGCAGCUGCUGCAGCCUAGAUGAAUUACUGGAGAAAUGCAUUCUUUCCUUCGACGCGGCCGGAGGACUGUGCCGAGGGGACCACAUGCUUAACAUGGCUUUGACCAUGCACAGCUGGGUGCUGUCCUCGGCUGACCUUGCCCGGCGCCUGCUCAGCAUGUACCAAGAGGCUAAAGGAGACCACGGCGAACAGAGGCGGCUGAAGAUCUGUAACCUGGUCAGGUAUUGGAUGGGCCAGUACCCGGAGGCCCUGCACCUGGAGCCCCACCUAGACGAGAUCAUCAGCAGCUUCUGGGAAGUGGUGGAACAGGAGGGCAACGCAGCCCAGAGGUGCCUAGGGACGCCCAUGUCCAGCCUGAGCCCCCCCGAGGGCCCCCUCCCCACACCCACCAGCCCAGGGCUGGGGAAGAAGCGCAAGGUAUCCCUCAUCUUUGACCACCUGCAGACGGGGGAGCUGGCCGAACAUCUCACAGACCUGGAGUUCAGGGCUUUCCGCGCCAUCACGCCUCAGGACCUUCGGGGCUACGUCCUCCACGGCUCCGUUCAGGGCUGCCCAGCCCUGGAGGGCUCAGUAGGACUCACGAACAGCGUGUCCCGAUGGGUCCAGGUCAUGGUCCUGAGCCGGCCCAGCCCAGCCCAGAGAGGCCAGGUGCUGGACAAAUUCAUCCAUGUGGCCCAGAGACUGAGGCAGCUACAGAAUUUUAACUCGCUCAUGGCAGUAACUGGUGGCCUAUGCCACAGCGCCAUCUCCCGACUCAAGGACUCCCAUGCACAUCUGAGCCCUGACAGUACCAAGAUCCUGCUGGAGCUGACAGAACUCCUGAGCUCCCACAACAAUUAUGCCCUCUAUCGACGGGCCUGGGCCAGCUGCUCGGGCUUUCGCCUGCCCAUCCUGGGCAUCCACCUGAAGGACCUCGUCUCACUGCACCAGGCCAUGCCCGAUCGCCUGCCGGACGGGCAGCUCCAUGUGGCCAAGCUGAACAGUCUCUACAUUCGGCUGCAGGAGCUCCGGGAUCUCCAGGCGCAGAGCCCACCGGGUGGUGCCAGCGAAGACCUGCUCCAUCUGCUUAUGCUGUCCCUGGAUCUCUUCUAUACAGAAGAUGAGAUUUAUGAACUCUCCUAUGCCCGGGAACCCCGAUGUCCUAAGACUCUGUCCCCCUCCCCCUUCAAAGCGCCUCUUGUCGUGGAAUGGGCUCCUGGCGUGGCCCCCAAGCCCGAUAGGGUCACUCUGAGCCGCCACGUGGAGCAACUGGUGGAGUCUGUUUUCAAGAACUAUGACCCAGAAGGCCACGGCACCAUCUCUCAGGAGGACUUUGAACGUCUGUCCAGCAGUUUUCCCUUUGCCUGCCACGGCCUCCACCCACCCCAUCGGCAGGGGGACGGCCCCUUUAGCCGGGAGGAGCUGACGGCUUACCUGCUUCGGGCCAGCGCCAUCUGUGCCAAGCUGGGCCUCUCCUUUCUGCACCCUUUCCACGAGGUCACCUUCAAGAAGCCCACAUUCUGUGGCAGCUGCAGUGGCUUUCUCUGGGGAGUCAUCAAGCAGGGCUACCGUUGCCGGGACUGUGGGCUCUGCUGUCACCGACACUGCAGGGACAGGGUGGAGGUCGAGUGCAAGAAGAAGGGGGGAGCCAGCACUUCUCCGGGGCUCCCUACUCCCAGCUCUGAGGAGAGUUCCUCCUACCUAUCCUCUCCGGGGCCCCAAAAGAGAAGCCACCUCCAGCACGCCUGGACCCAAACAGAGGCUCCCCUGGAGGGGUCUGUGCCAAACCAGGCCGCCACCUCUGUGCUAUAGGAGAAGCAGAGAGAAGGCAGGGCGACGGGGGACGGCCAGUCUGGGGAUGUCUGCCCUCUCAUGUGCCCACAAGAUCACAGACUGGUGCUGCUACAGGAUGCUACAAAGGAGCUGGCUGGUGC